CAGCCGAAGCCGUACGGGAAAAGCACGUGAAUAAGCAUGGAAGAAAUUGUGCAAGGCCAACUUUCCGAGUUGAAAAAGCUGUGGCGGUCCCCGCGGAUGCUUCUUUCGCAGUCCUUGAACCUGGCCAUGAUCGUCUUUUCAGCCUUGAUGAUAUGGAAAGGACUCAUGUUUCUGACCAAGAGCGAGAGCCCGGUUGUGGUUGUUCUUAGUGGCUCUAUGGAACCCGCGUUUCAAAGAGGGGAUAUCCUUUUCCUCAACAACCAAGACGAUCCGAUCCGUGUCGGUGAAAUCGUCGUUUUUAAGAUCAAGGAUCGAGACAUUCCCAUUGUCCACCGCGUAUUGGAGGUACAUCAAAAGGAGGAUGGGAAGGUGGAGCUGCUGACCAAAGGGGACAACAAUCGAGUAGGGGACCGGGGCUUGUACGCCCCUGGCCAGCUGUGGCUGAAUCGCGAAGACAUCCUUGGGCGAGCCGCAGGGACGCUACGGUAUUUGGGUAUGGUGACCAUCAUCCUCAACGACUACCCCAUGCUCAAAACCUCAAUUGCGGCAGCAAUGGACACACUCUUGGGCAUAAAAGGAGAUGGCUUCGUACUCAUAGCUGCCGAUGCAUCAGCUGCUCGCUCUAUUCUCGUCUUCAAAACAGACCAAGAUAAGAUAGCCGCUCUAGACAGUCACAAGCUCCUGGCUGCCGCAGGCCCCAAUGCUGAUUGCAGCAACCUGACUGAAUACGUACAAAAAAAUAUGGCUUUGUACGAGUUCAACAACGACUUAAAGCUUGGUACGCAUGCAGCUGCUAACUUUAUCAGGCGCACGUUGGCGACAGCUUUGCGGAAGGGGCCUUACCAAACAAAUUUGCUCCUAGGCGGCUUCGACGAGAAAGACGGGGCUGCUCUCUACUUUCUCGACUAUCUAGGGAGUAUGCAAAAAGUGAAUUUUGGUGCUCAAGGUUAUGCUUCGAAUUUCACCUUGUCGAUCUUUGACAGGGAGUACAGGGAGGGCAUGACGCUGCCCGAGGCGGAGGUCGUCUUGGAGAAGGCGAAAAAGGAGUUGGCGGUGCGUUUCCUAAUCUCCCAACCCAAGUGGAUCAUGAAGGUGGUGGACAAGGACGGCGUGCGCACGUUGUAG